AUGUGGCUCAAACCGGAAGAGAUCCUGCUGAAAAACGCGUUCAAAUUGUGGGUCACCGAGAAGGAUAACGAGUAUUUCGUACUGCAAAGGAGACGAGGGUACGGAGAAGGUGGAGGCGGGCUGACAGGCCUCCUGGUGGGAACUCUGGACACUGUGUUGGACUCAACAUCCAAAGUUGCUCCCUUCCGCAUCCUGCACCACACACCAGACUCACAAGUAUAUUGGUCGAUAGCAUGCGGUGUCACCAAAGAGGAAAUCGUUCAGCACUGGGAUUGGCUGCAGCAGAACAUCAUGAGGACGCUUUCUGUUUUCGACUCCAGUGAAGAUAUCACCAGCUUCGUACAGGGCAAGAUUAGAGGUCUUAUCGCUGAGGAAGGGAAGACGUCCCUGGUGCUGGAGGAAGAUCCCGAGAAGUUCCGAGAAGCACUUUUGAGGUUUGAGAAGUGGUUUGAGCUGCCUCCGGAGGAAAAACUGGUCACGUAUUACUCAUGUAGCUACUGGAAAGGCAAAGUGCCCUGCCAGGGCUGGCUCUACCUCAGCACGAACUUCUUGUGCUUCUAUUCAUACCUGCUGGGAUCUGAGGUAAAACUGGUCAUCUCCUGGGACGAGGUCUGGAGGCUGGAGAAAACCUCCAACGUUCUCCUGACCGAGAGCAUCCACGUCCUGGCUCACGGGGAGGAUCACUACUUCUCCAUGCUGCUGCACCUUAACGAGACCUUUGUCAUCAUGGAGCAGCUGGCCGACUACUCCAUCAAGCGCCUUUUUGAUAAAGAGGCCUUCCAGAGAGAGCCGGCGCUCUCCGACCCCCUGCAAAUCACCAAGAGAGGCCUAGAGGCUCACGCAAAGAGCGACCAGUUCCGGACGUUUUUCAGGCUUCCCAAAGAGGAAAACCUGUUAGAGGUGCACGAGAGCUUCCUGUGGGUGCCCUUCAGCCACUACAACACUCUUGGCAAGAUCUGCCUGUCUGAGAACUACCUGUGUUUCGCCAGCCAGGACGGAAGCCAGUGCCAUGUCAUCAUUCCAAUGCGAGAGGUUGUGAAUGUGGAGAAACCGGACUCCAGCAGCAGGGCUUUGACGGUGUGCGUGCGUGGCAAGAGGGCGCUGCGUUUCUCUGAGGUGCGCGACUACCAGCGGCUCGCUAACACGAUCCGGAGCAGGUGUGGGAUCAGCGCCAGCCCUCAGCACUCUGCUUCAUCAGAGGCAAUCAGAGGCGAGUGCCAGUCACUCAUCAACCACUUCGAGGACAACCCCGAGGACGUGACGCUGAUGGUGGGACAGAAAGACAGCAGCAAGGCUGUGAGCACCGAGGCUCUCAUGACUGUUUUCCACCCCCAGGAUGUCGAAAACCUUGACCCCAAAAUGCUUAAAGAAAAGAUGAAGGAGCAGUCGUGGAACAUCCAUUUCUCGGAGUACGGACGCGGCACGAGUAUGUUCUUCACCAGGAAGACACGAGACUUGAUUGUUCGCGGUGUUCCCGAGGCCUUGAGAGGAGAGCUGUGGAUGCUGUUUUCAGGAGCCGUGAACGACAUGGCCACUCACCCCGGCUAUUACACCGAGCUGGUGGAACAGUCUCUGGGCACGAGCACUUUGGCCACAGAUGAAAUAGAGAGAGACUUGCAUCGCUCUCUGCCAGAGCACCCGGCCUUUCAGAGCGACACAGGAAUCUCAGCUCUACGCAGAGUCCUCACUGCCUAUGCAUACAGGAACCCCAAAAUUGGAUACUGCCAGGCCAUGAACAUCCUCACCUCAGUCCUCCUGCUCUAUGCAAAAGAAGAGGAGGCUUUCUGGCUCUUAGUAGCCGUCUGCGAGAGGAUGCUGCCAGAUUACUUUAACCGCCGGAUUAUUGGCGCUUUGGUCGACCAGGCGGUGUUCGAGGACCUGAUUCGGGAAAACCUUCCGCAGCUGGUGGAGCACAUGACGGACCUGAGUUUCUUCUCGUCCGUGUCUUUGUCCUGGUUUCUCACGCUCUUCAUCAGUGUCCUGCCCAUAGAAAGCGCCGUGAACGUGGUGGACUGUUUCUUCUACGAUGGCAUAAAAGCCAUCCUGCAGCUCGGCCUGGCGGUGCUGGACUACAACAUGGAGGCUCUGAUCAGCUGCCACGAUGACGCCGAGGCCGUCACCAUCCUCAACAAAUUCUUUGAUAGCGUAACAAACAAAGACAGCCCGUUGCCUCCAACAGUGCAGCAAGCCUCAGUGGGAAAUAACGAUAAAACAUCCCACCUCAAGGUGGACAUCAGCGAGCUGAUCCGCGAGGCCUACGAGAAAUAUGGAAAUAUACGUUCAGAGGAAGUCGAGAGUUCACGGAAGAGAAACAAACUGUACGUGAUCCAGACACUGGAGGAUACGACCAAGCAAAAUGUCAUCCGGGUGGUGUCCCAAGAAGUCAGAUUUACUGCCGCACAGCUUGAUGAGCUUUACAACUUGUUCAAAAGGCAACAUUUCCGCAGCUGCUACUGGACAAUGAAGAGCCCGGCUCUGCUCCAUCAUGACCCCAGCCUGGCCUAUUUGGAGCAGUACCAGUUGGGUUUCCAGCAGUUUAGCGUGCUCUUCUCCCUGCUGGAGCCCUGGGCUUUCUGCUCCACCAAGAGCCCCCUCUCCCUCUGGAUCUUCCGCCUGAUAGACGAGAACCAGGACGGCCUCGUCAACUUUAAAGAGUUCUGCUGCGCCCUCGAUACUUUGUACAACGGAUCCUUCACAAAUAAGCUGAAAUUUCUCUUCAAGCUGCACCUGCCACCAGCUUUCACAGGUAGUCCUUUGCACACAAAGGAAGAAAGAAUCCAGCACUUUAUUCCAGUGACUGAAGACUCUUCUCACUUGAGUAGACUCACUGCAUUUGAUCUUCCUGCGGACGGUGUGAUAAGAAAAAGCCCUGAGAGAGGCAGAGGAAAAGUGGACCUGCAGGCCUACCUGAAACAAUGGCAGAAUGAAAUACUUAAGAAAGAGGAAACCAUUAAAGACCUGCCUCGAAUUGAUCAGACUCAGUUCAUCCAGUUUUCCAAGACCCUGUACAACACAUUUCAUGGCGAUCCAGAGGAGGAGUCUCUGUACCGAGCCGUGGCUCACGUCACCAGCCUUCUGCUGAGGAUGGAGGAGGUGGGACGGAGGCUGCAGGAGCCAAGCAGUCCCCCAGAAUCGACAAAGCCCGCCAGCACUGCCGAUAUUCCUGCUGCUGCUGCUGCUGCUGUGGAGGAGGAAGAGGAGGAUGAGUCUUCACCCAAAGAAGCUCCCACCACCCCAGAGAGCUCCGCCACCACCGGCUCCCACGACAGUCAGGACGCAGGGCCCGACCUCACGGAGACGGAGUGGUCGUUCUCGUUCGAGCAGGUUCUGGCUUCUCUGCUCAACGAGCCGGCUUUAGUCAGCUUCUUCGAGCGGCCCGUCGAUGUUCACGCUAAACUGGAACAAGCUAAGGUUGCCCAGCUGAAGCUAAAGGCGAAUAAAUGAAAGGAAACAUGAAGUGAAUUGAAACUUUGCUCCUGAAGUCACCGUGAAUUUCCUUUCUCCUCUCGGAUGGGGCAGUGGGUUUUGUUGAGGCAGCCGGUCAGAGUGAAAUGGAGGACACACAUUCACUCUCUUAUCAUUGACCUGCAGCUUCAGUGCGUUUUCAUCUUAAGAAGCCUCGUUUCUAACGUAACGUAGGCUGUCGCUCCUCAAAUCUGAUUAUGCAUUUUCAACCAUCGUUGAUUAGAUUAAUUUGCUCAUUAAGCUUCAGAUUUUAAGUUGAGUUAACAUCCCUCCACUAUAUGCCAUGCAGCACAUACACUAUAGUUUUGUUUUGUAUAAGGGACAUUUAGUUCUGUCUCUGUAUUCAGGGACAGAAGAGUUUGUCCUUCCGUCUGUCUCUGGUGACAUGUUGAGAAUACAGCUCUGUAACAAAUAACGUAGACAAGGUGACUGAGGGUCCUUCUGGAUAUCCUCAUAUAUUUUCUCUGUCACUGCUGUAGUUAAAAUGCUGACGUGUCCUGUGACUUUGGUGUGUUACUCUUACUGUAAACGUGUAGUGAGUGAGGAACACUAGCUUUUCAGUUGUUACAGGCACAGAAUAAAUGAGUGAGGACAAGCUGCGCUGUUGUGCCUGGAAGCCAUACAUUGAUUUCAGAGGUGGAUCUCAAGGAUCUCAAGGAUGUCAGAUAACGUUUUAUUGAGAGCUUAAAAGAUUGAAUUAUAUCAUAACUUUUGCAAUAAUAUACAAGAGAGGACUCUGUACUGCCACAGCGCACUCAUCUGUCUCGUUCCUCCAACAGCAGCACAUGCCGUAAAAAAAAAAAAUAUUAUAGCAUGACUUCAAGUGUGAGCCUCUGGUGUGUAAAGGUGUAGUUGUGCUGCUGUAGGGAAAUUUUCCUGCGUCCGCUUCUCAAAAAUGUGCAAUCUUCACAGUGCGAUUGAUCGGUUUAAUGUACUGUUUGCUUACGUCCGUCUUACUGUAUAUGUAGGAUGUUAUACUCUAGUGUAUAAGUGCAGCGUUUUGUACAUAGAGGUCAAUCCAAUAGUCGUUUGAUUAUUGUAUUUAUGGGGCUUGAAAUAUGUAAGAUAUGAACUAGUGGACUGUUGUGGACACAACUUAAACUCAGGGUGCAAUUUGUGUAAAUUAAAAGGGAGAAAAGGGAUAUUUUUUUUCGACCUGGGACAUAUAAAAUAUAUGACUGAGUUAAACAUAGCUUACAGAUGUCUGUAACAUUUAAAAUAUAGAGCAUGUGUAGCAUAGUUACAGGGUUUGCCACAUUAUGCUAGCCUUCAGUGAACUAGUACUGCUCACUGCUGAAAGCCACAUUUGACUUAACAGUAUUCAGUUUUAUUCCGUUUUUUUUUUUUUUGCUUCUAUCUCAGUGAAUCAUUUGCACACUCGUUUGAGAUUCACAAGUUGUAGGUCUGCUUGUAUCUCUGCUAGAUCUCAGAGGCUUAGGAUUGCAAAAAGGCCAUGACCCGCUUCGGCUGCAGCUCGUCGUCUCCAUGGGGCCAAAUUGACAGAUUUAAUAGAGCUUUAUUUCUGCUUGUGUAGGGAAAUGAUGUUUUAGAACCUCUUAAGUGCAAGUGCAAUUCUCUGUUUGCUAUAUUUUUAUGCAAUUUGCUUGGAAUGUUAUGUCGUUAUUUUUUUUUUUAAAGUACUUACGUUUUCGCUUAAGGUUUAAGGACCAAUCUGAAAUGUAUGUCAUGUGUAAUUCUUGGGUUGGAUUGUUGAAGUGAUUGAAGGAUUUUGCACACAGCCAUCACACAUCGGAACUGAAAAGAUAAAAUCUCUCACUGUUUACAUGAUUAAUGUAGGAAAAAAAAAGAAACUAAAUACAUUGCCCUUUUGAUCUGUGGUCACUCCUUCAAUCUAAGCCAUUAUGAAACAGUAGUUUCAACAGGAGAGCUGCACCUGAGGCUUUAGGAGCUGAGUAUCUGAUCAUUUUGCAACUAAAUCAUUCAAAAUGGAAACUCUUAUUUCCAUUAUUUAAAAUAUAUGACCAUGGCUUUACUAUUUCACUACGACUGUUCCCCUGUGGGUUAACACUGACUUCGUAACGUCAGUGUUACAACAACAACAACUUCACGUAUUAAAGGAGACAUAUUAUGUCCAUUUUCAGGUUCAUAACAUUAAUUUGGGUUACAAGUAGAAUAAGUUUACAUGCUUUAAGGCUCAAAAAAUGCUCCUUUUUUUAAAAGUUUAAAUUCCCCCUUCAUCUGAAACAGUUUGUUAAGCUACUGUCACUUUAAGGCCCCCCCACAAACAUCCAGUCUGCUCUGAUUGGUCAACUCAGACACACCUGAGCCAGUACAGCUCACUGUGUCUCGGGUCAGCUCUGUCAUGUUUUCAGCUCGCAGUUGGCGUCACGUCUUCUGUCAUUAUAGGCCUAAAUUAUGCAAACGCGUGACAUGGUGAUGUGAUGUCACAAAGUCAUAGGAUUUAAAAGGCGGGACUACUGACGAGGUGUUUCAUGUACCUCAGGAGCAGUGUGAGAGAAAGCGCUCCAAUUCGUGCAGAGUUUGGGCUUUUAAACUUUGCUUUACAUGAAGAACAUUUAACACACUGAAGGAAAGGGAAAAAAAAUGAAACGCAUAAUCGGUCUCCUUUAAGAAAUUCCAGCUACAACCUCUCAGCAAAGAAGCUGUUGUAGUCUCUCUGAGGGUUCUUUUCAUGUUGGUUUGUUGCAUGCUCAGUCUAUUUCUAAUUAUUUGAUACUAUCUUAAAGAUUAGAUUAUCAUAAAAGACAAGUUUGCUUUCAAUAAUUAAUUUAUUGGUCGUCAUGGAAGAAAUGUAGAACAGUGGUUAAGAUAAAUCAAACCUUUUGAUGCUAAGUAAAUUCCUUGCUGUGUUUCUGCAGGCAUUGCUUUUGGAAAAUAAUUGCACUUACAAUGAUUUCUUUUGGCCCAGAAAUAGUCUGUGGUUUCCCUCUUGGUGGGGGAGUAAAUCAAAGGAGAUGACUUUGUAGGAACAGCCGAUGGAAAGUCAGAAGGUUGGAAAUCAUCAUCCUUCUGGCACGCUGUCAGUUCUGCCAUUAUGCAUCAAGAGUGUACAGUCGGCAUGGAUAAAGCUCCAGCUCCUGCAUUAGCAUAUGUUUAACCGAGUCCUUAUAUGUGCAAAUGUAGUCUACAGCUUCGACACUCUGUAGCUUUUGCUUGAAAGCUUGUUUUGCAAAAAUGUGUGGAGCAUAUUUUCUGUUUACCAGCUUGAUUAUGAUUUAUUUUUAUUUCUAUACAGAGGUAUCAGAAUAAAGAGUGAUGAUUCUAUGAA